AUGAAUUCCUUAAGCUGGAAUUGCAGGGGGCUGGGCCAUCCCCUUGCGAUUCCUACUUUAUGUGGGCUGGUUCGUGCUCACAAGGCUAACUUUGUCUUCCUGUGUGAGACUAUAUCGCAAAAGCAAAAGAUUGAGGAGAUUAGAAAUCGGCUCCAUUUUGAGGGCUGCCUUACUGUGGAGUGUCGGGGACGUAGUGGAGGUCUUUGUAUGCUCUGGAAAGUGUCCUCGUCUUGCAAAGUUAUUGGUUACUCGAGGAACCAUAUUGACAUUCAUGUGAUUGACGCUAAUGGCGAUUGGCGUCUUACGGGUUUCUAUGGCUACCCGGAAAGAAAUCGACGAAGAGAUUCUUGGGAUUUUCUUCGACGUUUGGCUGGCAUCAGCCCACUCCCGUGGGUUGUUAUGGGCGACUUCAAUGAUCUACUUGACCCGGGAGAAAAAAGAGGAAGAGUUGAGCAUCCGAAUUGGCUCUUUCAAGGUUUUCGCUCGGCUGUUAUCGAUGGUGGUAUUUCGGAUAUUCCCCUUUCCGGAUAUCAAUUUACUUGGUCUAGAGGGCUGGGCACUGAAAACUUUGUUGAGGAGCGGCUGGACCGAGCUAUGGCUAAUAGCGACUGGAAAACUCUUUUCCCGGAGGCCACCCUCGUUCCCCUCACUGCAGCCAUGUCGGAUCAUGUUCCUAUUCUUCUUAAAUGUAAGGGUUUGGCUGUCUCUAACUCUUUUCGCAGGUUCCGCUUUGAAAACAAAUGGUGUUUAGAACCUGAUCUACCAAAUGUCGUCCGGGACUGUUGGACGAAUCUUGCCGGAGUAACGGUGACCAAUCGUCUCACGGCGGUGUCGGAUUCUCUUACCAUUUGGGCGAAGCAUAUUCGGAGGAAUGAGAAACUCUCCAAACAACAUCUUCAACAGCUAAUCUCCGAGUUACAAGGACGGCGGGAUUCAAACUCCAUUUGGCAGUUGAAAAAAGCGAGGAGUGAUUUGGCUACUAUGCUUCUUCGAGAGGAGCAACAUUGGAAACAACGCGCCAAACAACAUUGGUUGAAGGAUGGUGACUACAAUACGAAGUUUUUCCACGCAAUGGCGUCGGCUCGUCGGAAGACUAAUUCCAUCAUAAAACUUCAAAGAGAUGAUGGAAGUUGGACCGUGGGAGAGGAAGAGGUACGUACUACAACUCGUUCCUAUUUUGAGUCCUUGUUUGAUGCGUCUUCGAGCCAUGUCAAUUACCACCAGGUUCUGAGCCGUCUUCAACCUAGCAUCGACGAGGCGAUGAAUGAGUCUCUUACUCGACCUUUUCAAGCGGAGGAAUUUAAGAAUGCUGUUUUCCAGAUGCACCCUGAUAAAGCGCCGGGCCCGGACGGAUUUAAUCCAAAAUUUUAUCAAAAAUUUUGGAGCAUUAUUGGUGACGAUGUGGUAGACUGCUGCUCUGCAUGGCUGAAUAGGGGAAGUUUUCCUCCUAACCUGAAUCACACGAUGAUCUCUCUCAUUCCUAAGGUUGACUCGCCCACCACCAUGAAGGACCUUCGACCUAUUGCAUUAUGCAAUGUCCUCUAUAAGAUCAUUUCUAAGGUUCUAUGCAAUCGGCUGAAGUUGGCGUUGCCAUAUCUUAUUGAUAGAGCACAGUCAGCCUUCGUGGAGGGGAGACUUAUACAAGACAACAUCCUUAUUGCUUUUGAAGCAAUACAUACCAUGAAACGGAAGACCCGGGGAAAGUUUGGAAACGUGGCUCUCAAGAUCGACAUUAGUAAGGCCUAUGACCGUGUUGACUGGAAUUAUCUUGAUGCUAUUCUCAACCGGCUAGGUUUUUGUGAACAAUGGAGGACGUGGAUGAGACUUUGUGUUAGUUCGGUCUCUUACGACGUUUUGGUUAACGGUGUCGCGGUUGGCCCUAUUUUACCGGGACGUGGUUUGCGUCAGGGAGACCCUCUGUCCCCGUAUCUCUUUAUUUUAUGUGCGGAAGGUCUCUCGGCCAUGAUAAGAUACGAGACGGACUGUGGAAAUCUGCAUGGUAUUCAAAUGGGACGUGGAGGUCCCGCUGUUUCGCAUCUUAUGUUCGCGGAUGACUGCCUUUUCUUUUGCCGAGCCACCCCGGCGGAGUGCGGUAUUCUAAAACGGGUUCUGAGCACUUACGAAGCAGCCUCGGGCCAAGCCAUCAACUACCAAAAAUCUGGGGUUUUCUACAGCUCCAACAUAAACGAUGCAGGGCGCGAUGAAAUUUCUGACGUGUUGGGUGUUGCCACGCCGCUGAACACGGGGAGGUACCUUGGACUCCCUUCUCUUGUGGGUCGAAAGAAGAAAGAAAUAUUUCGCUAUAUCCGGGACCGUAUGUGGAAGAAGAUCCAAGGUUGGCAGGGGAAAAAACUUUCGAAGGCUGGUAAGGAAAUUUUGAUCAAAGGAGUAGCUCAAGCAAUCCCCUCUUAUUGUAUGUCAAUUUUCCUAUUGCCUACUACUUUGACGGACGAGCUUGAGCGCCUUAUGAAUAGCUUUUGGUGGAGCAAUAAAAGCGAAUCGGGGAGAGGUAUUAAUUGGAUGAAAUGGGAUCGGUUGUGUGUUGAUAAGAAGAUAGGAGGUCUUGGUUUUCGGAGUUUGCAACUUCUUAACCUCGCUUUAUUAGGAAAGUUGGGCUGGCGGUUGAUUGAUGAGCCGGAUGCCCUCGUCUGUCGGGUGCUAAAGGCUAAAUAUUUUCCGCAUGGCGAUUUUCUUUCGGCCCCAGUGGGCCACAGCCCGAGCUUUACCUGGCGUAGUAUCUGUGCUGCGCAAGACCUGGUUCGUAGAGGUGUGCGAUGGAGGAUUGGGGAUGGAAAUAUGGUGCGCGUCUAUGGUGAUCCGUGGUUAAGAAAUGAUGAUUCAUUCUGGAUUUCGGGGGGUCAGUUUUCAGCUUUUAGUGAGCUGCGUGUCUCGGACCUUAUGGUGCCGGGUUCUCACAGGUGGGACGUCGCCUUGGUUAAUUCCCUCUUUACGCAUGAUGAUGCUCACAAUAUUCUGGGAAUUCCUCUUACUCCCAAUGUUCAUCAAGAUAAGAUGGUUUGGCACUUCGAGGAAAAGGGUCGAUAUACGGUGAAGUCGGCUUAUAAAUUGGCGAGCUCCCUAACUCUCGAUACUACGUAUAGAGUUGAUGGUCACUGGAGCAAGCUAUGGCAGAUAAAGAUCCCUCCUAGUAUCCGAAGAUUCAUCUGGAGGGCCGCAAGGAACAAUUUGCCUUCAAAUGAGAGACUCCUUUCCAGAGGUAUUUCGGUGGGAGGAACUUGUGAUACUUGCAAAUCAAAUAUUGAAAACCUCUGGCACACUUUCUUUGCAUGUCCGUUCGCGAAAGAUUGUUGGAGACAUAUUGGCUUUAUGGGGCACAUCGAUGAUAUUACCAGUCGCAGCGAGUCUUUUACUGAUGCUCUCUUCCUCAUUAUUGGUGAUAAUAACGCUGACCGCAGAGCCAAAGUUUGCAUGGUUAUGUCGCAAAUUUGGAAGGACCGCAAUGGUGUCAUUUGGAAAGGCUCUACACCUACUCCCGCGAGGUCGAUCACCCUGGCUAUUGACCGGUGGCUGGACUGGAUUCUGGCACGUCGGAAACUCGCCUAUCAGGAGCCUCCUUCUCCUGUUAUUAACUCUUGUGUUGGGUGGCACUCUCUACAGUCAGGGGCGGUCCUCUGUAAUGUCGACGCGGCCUUCUUUUCGGAGUCUAAUAAUGUAGGCAUUGGGAUUGCUAUUCGUAGCUCUGAGGGCAACUUUAUUGUGGGAAAGGUGAUGACGUUUGUGGGACUCCCUAAAAUAGUGGAGGGUGAACUCGUGGGAAUCAAGGAAGCGUUGUCGUGGUUGAAAGAAUUGGGGUAUCUACAAGGCAGAGUGGAGUCCGACUGCAUGCAAGCUUGUGAGGCGAUCGCUUCGGGUGAAAGAAAUAUUUCUGAGAUGGGUUCUUUGGCAGCCUUUUGCCGUGAGGAGUUAUCGCUUAUGCCGGGUUUCCAGUUGCAACAUGUCAAGAGAGCCCGCAAUGUGAUUGCGCAUGAUUUAGCUAAAGUUUCGAGAGAUUUUUGUACACACCAUGUUUGGAAUGAACCCCCGAUGUUUGUGGUGGGUCAUCUCCAUUUACCAUGCUCUUGUGUUUAA